AUGCGCCAGUUCUUGGAGGGGUACAGCGGCAUCUGCAACUUCAACUACAAGCUGAGAGAAGGCGGCGGCAUGUGCAUCCUGGAGGCGAACCCCCGCAUCGGCGCGGACCUCGCAGGGGACGUGCCGAGGGAGCGGGCCCGGGAGCUGUUCGAGCUCCUCGACUCGAGGUGUGGCGGCCGCGGGGGCGCGCGUGCCGCGUGCGACGGGGCUUCGCGAGACGCCCUCCGCGCGCGCGCACCAUGCCCCGU